AUGAAAAAUUUGCGCGAAUCGCUAUCAGAAUUAAUCACUAAGCAAUUGCAAGAACUUUUAAGAAAAUACGGAUUACCACAUUGGUAUAAUUUAAAAGUAAAUUUAAUUGACCGGUUAGAGAAAUUCAUGGAAAAUUCAGAGAAAAAUUGGAAAUCUGAAUUAAAAAAUAACGAAAUAACACUAAAUACAGAAGAAAAAUUAGUGAACGCGAACAAUAAUAAUACGAUCAAGAGCGACGCGGCGGACGGUGAAACAUUAAACAUGUCAAGUGAACAGGUACAAAAUAAUAUAAACUUUAAGGAGGUCGAAGAAUCGCUAGAAUUGUUCGAUGGUGAGUCAAAUAAAAAAAUAGAGGACUGGUUGCUUGAUUUCGAAAGCAUUUCGGUAGUGUGUAAAUGGAAUCAAGUACAAAGAUUCCUAUAUUGCAAAAGAUUAUUACGUGGGGCUGCAAAGUUGGCUGUGGAAGCAGAAACUGGCGUCAACAGUUGGGAGAUAUUAAAACGAACUCUUAGAACUGAAUUUCGUUGCCAGGAAUUGGAAAACUUGCACAAAAAAUUGGAAAAUAUGAAAAAGCGAAGUAACGAAUCUUUCUUGGAAUAUUUUUAUAAAAUGAAAAAAGUUGCUUCUAGAGGUACAGUCGAAGAAACACACUUGAUUGAGUACAUUAUAGCACGCAUACCAGAUAGUUCACUAAACAAGGCCACACUCUAUCAGUCUUGUACUCUUGAGCAGCUAAAAAUUAACCUCAAAGCUUAUGAGAAGUUUAAGGCCGAUCAGGAGAAGAAAAAAAGAUGCCAAGGUCGAAAUAAUUACGACAACUAUUAUAGUGGAAAUCAGGUCAAUAAAAGAUGCAAUAACUGUGGAGCGGUGUCACACACAACACAACAUUGCCCAAAUAGGGGAAGAGGAAGAAGAUAUUUUAAGUGCAAUGAAUUUGGUCACAUUGCCACAAUAUGUCAAAAUAAUACAAAUUUUAGACGGCCUGUAAGCCAACAAAAUCCAAAUCAAGCGCGUAGUUCAGCAUCACGAAUUGAUAGAGUGCAGCUCUCGGAUUUUACAUUAAAAAUUCAAAUAUUGGAGCAGUCAUUCGAAGCUCUGGUAGAUACUGGUAGUGAUAUUAAUAUAAUAACACAACGCGCAACAGAAUGUUUGGGUGUCGAAGGAUUCAAUGGACCAGUACCUGACUCUUGGGUAAAUACUGACGUGAUUUUAGGUAAAGGAUUUUUGCGAUGUGCAACAGUUCUAAUAGACAAAGGUGAAAUCAUCACAUAUAAAAACAAGACCAGAGACGAUGUUGAAGCGGGCUCACAUAUAAAUUUAAUAUGUAUUUCUGAUGUCACCGAUGCGGAAGAUCUUUCAAACAUAAAAAAUUCUUUGCUACGGGCGGAUCCACGAAGAUUAGCACAGACAGAAAGGGACUUCGUUCAGUUUCAGAUUCAGGAAUGGUUAGAAAAUGGAAUAAUUCAAGAAAGCUCAUCGAAUUACGCAAGCCCAAUAGUGUUAGCGCGGAAAAAGGAUGGCAGUUACCGAUUAUGCGUCGAUUAUAGGAAGCUAAACUCCAAGGUAAUUCGUGACAGACACCCUCUGCCAAAUUACGAAGAGAUACUGGAAGGAUUAUAUAACGCAACUGUAUUUACUACAUUAGACUUAUGUAAUGGUUUCUUUCAUGUCAAUGUCGAUGAAUUGAGUAUGAAAUAUACGUCGUUUGUCAUACCAGAUGGACAGUACGAGUUCCGCAAAGUACCUUUUGGUCUAUGUAAUUCACCUGCGGCAUUUCAGAGAUAUAUAAAUACGAUAUUUCAAAAUUUAAUAAAAAGGAAGAUUGUUUUGGUUUAUAUGAAUGACUUGAUCAUCCCCGCUGAUGAUGAAGAAGAUGGAGUUAGGAAGCUUAAAGAAGUGUUAUUCGUAGCCGAGAAUCACGGUCUAUUAAUAAAAUGGGAAAAGUGCGCCUUCUUAAGAAAAAGCGUGGAGUUUUUAGGGCACUUAGUAGAACACGGUGAAAUACGGCCUUCAGAAGAGAAGAUCAGAGCAGUAAAAAAAUUUCCAACUCCUAAAAAUUUGCACGGAGUUAUGAGCUUUUUAGGACUCACAGGAUUUUUUCGUAAGUUUAUAAAAGGAUACGCUUUGGUAGCUAAACCACUAACAGAUCUCACAAAGAAACACGAAUCGUUCGUGUGGGGUGAAAUACAAAACAAUGCGUUUGUCCUACUAAAGGAGAGUUUAUGCUGUGAUCCAGUUUUAAAGCUUUUCAAUCCUACUCUUCCAACCCAACUUCACACCGACGCGAGUAAGGAAGGCUACGGAGCGGUAUUAUUACAAAAACAUGGUAACAAAAACUACCACCCCGUAUUUUACCUUAGUUACAAAACAAAAGCUGCAGAAAAAAAUUAUUGCAGCUACGAUUUGGAAGUAUUAGCAAUUGUAAUAGCAUUGAAAAAACUACGAAUUUACUUAUUGGGUAUGUCCUUUGAAAUUUUUACUGACUAUAAAGCUUUCCAACAGACAAUGGAUAAGAAUACAUUAAAUAGUAGAGUUUCAAACUGGGCUAUGCAACUGGAAGAGUUUUAUUGCAAGGUGAGCCACCGAUCAGGUAGCAGCAUGCGACACGUUGAUGCAUUGAGUCGUUAUCUCGUCGUAUUGCAGGUAGAGGAUGGUAUAGUGUUAACUGUUAAAAAAGCGUAA